AUGCCCUCUCUCUUUCCGGUAAACAUCCGCUUCCUCGAGGAGGUCGGCUCCACCAUGGAGGUAGGGCGUGAGAUGAUCGCUGCCGCCGCCGGCAAACCCUUCGGUGUAGUGGCUGGGAUGCAGACGGCGGGGCGUGGGACUGGCGGCCGCACCUGGACCUCCCCAAAAGGCAACAUGUACUUCACCCUCUGCGUUCCCCACAACGAGAAGGCGGCGUGCUUUAAGGAGGAGUUAGUGCCGGUGAUGCCGCUCGUCUGCGGACUCGCCUGCCGCCGUGCGGUGCUGGAGGUGCUGCACCUGGACGCCGCGUCGGCCAGCGCGAGCGUCGCGGCGGAGGCGGCGAAGGCCGUGUCCACCAAGUGGCCGAACGACCUCAUCUUCCGCCACAAAAAGAUCGGCGGCACCCUGAUUGAAAACGAGGAUGGCUAUCUCUUGAUUGGUAUGGGCAUGAACGUGGCGGUCGGGCCGAAGGUGACAGAUGCGGGGCGUGAGGCGACAACCAUCAACGAAAUCGCGGAUGAGUUCGGCGUGAAGCACGUGGACCCGAAGGACCUGGCCAACGCCAUUUGGGUGCACUUCUUCGAUAUCUGCAACGCAGACGGCGUAACGCGUGCGUCCAUCGUGGCCGACUUUGAUAAGGUGAUCGACAAAUCGCUGAAGCUGCACAAGCGCCUCCCGGAUGGCCGCGAUCCGGAGGAGCUGACGGCGGUGUCGCUGAACAGCUGGGGACACCUGACGGUGCGCCACGCUGACGGAAGCACCGAGGACCUCGCUGCGGAGUACCUGUUCUAA